CGCUCUUGGACACCUGCGAGCGUUCACCAAGUACGUGUUCAGCAUGCGCGCCUACCGAUGGGUGGAUGCGAACAAGACAGAGAGACUCUUCAGCCUUCCACUCAAGUCGCAGCCUAUCGUGCUCAUAAACCCAAGCUUCAUACCGGUCUUCGUCUUUGUAGCCAUACCGGCGGUGUCGGCGAUCGUGUCCAUCGUUCUCAUCCUCGCCAACACCGUCCUGCGCAGGGCCUGGAGCUGCCCUCAGCCCCGCUUGAACAGAGCACCCGAGCCGCUACAGCCGCCAAGAAACCCCACGUACCACAGGCCACCGCAGCUUCCGCCCAUCGUGCUAAGAAGGCAUUCCCGCGGAGACUUUUAAUGACGCCUUGGCGGUUAAAUGCAUCUCAACCAGCUGUAAU